GGGCUGGUUGUCAGUCAUUCUGUCAGAUCCUCGCUCGCUUAUCCAGUUUCCAGUUUAAGUGGGUGGUGGAAAACAUCAAAGUGGGGUGCUUUCGUGUUUUGUAUCGGGGAAUUUUUUCUACCGUCAUAGAUUUCCAUCUCCGUUUACUGCGCAAAAUGUUCUAAUCAAACCCUGGAUCGGCGAGGAUAUCCGCAGUCAAGACCAUAAAUGCGUCAUCAAUAUUAUCAGAGAGAAAUACAGCUAUGAUAUAGGGCAUAGGCUGUUGCUAAACGCAUGACUGGAUCGGCUGAACGAUAUUUAACUGAACUAGACUGUCUUAAUUAGAUAGUCCGCGUGGUGAAACAAACGAGAGGCAAAGAAAAAACAACGACGCAACAACUCAACCGAAACAGCUAAUACGGCUUACCGCCACGAUUAGAAGACGGACUGAAAAAAAUAGCAAGAUGAGUGGAGCAAUGAAAACGGACCCCAAAGGUUGCAUCUUCCCGCUCCUGUAUUCGUUGGGAUCCUUCGGAUUGGCCUGUGCUAGUUUGUGGGAGCUGAAACCCUCGGACAGAAUCACAGUACAGAGAGGAGCUCUACUGAUCAGUUUGGGGUUUGUUUACUUCAUAGCUCUUACCGAGUUCCUCAACAAACUGCUAUUGCGAACGAGCGUUGGACUGAGUCUAGUCAAAAAGUAUAGACUGAGAAUUUCCGACGUCUUGGAUAUUACCAACAAAAUCGUCUCGGCUGUCCAAGCAACAUUUUCUUGCGCCGCCGGGUUCAUUGUGUGCAGAUGGUCAUGUCCACUCAACUUUCUACAGGCGUCUCAUUUCCUGUCCGAGUCGUAUGCAUGGUUUGCUGCAUCCUACUUUUUCUACGAUAUUUGGUCCAUGUACAAAGUUUACGCAGCGGAAGCCUCUAACCGUAUUAUGGCUACAUUGGGACUGGCUGCCAGCGGUGUAGCAAAAAUUGGAAAAACCAACAACGAUAUAGCAGCGCAGACAGAUGCUUCGGAGCAGAAACCCACCGAAGUACAAGCCCUAAGUGACAUUCCGAGCAUUACUAAUGGAACGCUGAGCAUUUUGUCGUCGGGAAAAAUGGGAAUCCCGAGCUUUGUUCGCUAUUUGAUCUCACACAAGCUGAUGGUCUUCCAUCAUUUGUUCAUCGGAUCGUACGGUUUGGUGGUUAUAUCGUAUCUUCGAGGCGGAUUGGGAGACUGCGUCUUCAGCUUUAUGUACAUGAUGGAACUUUCAACGCCAUUUGUAUCAUUCCGUGGUAUUUUGAGUAUUUUGGGUCUGAAGGAAAGCAAGAUGUACGUCAUCAAUGGAAUGGUUAUGCUGUUUUCCUUUUUCUGGUGCAGAGUAUUCCUGAUGCCGUACGUCUGCUAUUAUUAUAGCCAGGUCGUGAAUCUACCGUUCUUUGAGGCUUUUUGGCGUCUCCCGCGAGGCUGCAAGAUUAGUAUACUGGCACUAUUUCUCCCUCAGCUGUACUGGUUCCGGCUGAUGCUUAGAGGAGCAGUUAAGGUUUUCUUCAAGAACAACAAUUCCCCAGGAAACAAUGCGACAUCGAAUGGUACCGCGACCAACGGAACAGGUCUGAAGCCAUCGCAAUCCAAAGACAGCGAGAUAAGAUCGUUAAUGUAAGGUAAAUAUCACCAUCGUACAUUCUUCGUUUAACUGUCAUUUCACCAUGCACCGUAAAAAGGUACUAUAUGAGUAAGGAAAACUAGAAACUUGGAAUUCGUUGAUUGGAACUCGUUAGGUAUGGUUUUGAAAUACGUAGAAUAGCAUGGUUUUCUUUAUAUUUAUAGAUCCUUUAUGAAGUUUCCCUUUCAUCUAACUAGUCAUAGAUGUAAGCACAUUUGCAUUUAAGUGUAAUUUCUUCACUCACAAGCAGGUGUGCAUACUAAACGGCUAUUGAAAACAAACAAAAGUUCAGUUUGUGAUUGGACUAUCCAGUGACGAAUAACAGUUCGUCUUAGGCAUUUUACUAGUGUUAUAAAUAAUUUCUUAAGGAAGUAUAUUACCUUCAAAUCUACACAUACUUUCCGUUACAGUACUAAAAGAGCAAGCAUGAUUUUUUAUCACUUGCUGGCUGGAACUUAUACAAUGCAAUAGAUGAUAGAUUUCUUACCGCUAUUAGCACUUAAAUAAUUCGAACAAAUUAUGCAGCAAUUAUUCAGAUGGCAGCUAGAUUGCUAACCCUAAUAAACAAAUACCAUGAACAAAUGAUGACCAGAACAAUCAUCGUUAAUCACUUUUUGUGGUACUUUUUUUUUAGGGAUAUUAUUAUUGGUAAAAUUCAUACCCAACCACAAAGGUAGUUGGCUUUUUUGUGUAACAGCUGUUUGAAAAUAAGUAAAUAGAACUUUGACAUGAUGCACGUGGUUAGGGGAAACAUCUAAACAUAAAACAUAUAAAUAUCAAUGUGAAAGGAGCUUUCAUUUUUUAGAAAAUAUACACGUUUACAAAAUGUUUGGACGUAUUUUUAAUCGUAAGUGUGCAAACCCGGAAAGCAUUUGUGCAAAAGGCAUGCAGAAAAGGAAGAAAACCCGUUAAUAUAGUAAAUAGGUAAUAGUGGUUAUACACCCAGCGCAGUUGUUGAUUGCCUGUUGAACAGAACCUAGAAUGCUAUUAGAGAUACAAAUUGAAGCCAAAAAUGUAGAUUAACAGGGAUGAUCGGAAUUUACACAAACACACUGCUAUACCCUAACCCGACCCACGAGCGAAGACAUCUUCCAAAAAAAAACUUAUUAACUAGAACAAAAAUAAAGUAAGUAAGAAUAAAUUGCAGACUAAUCAGCAAAACGUUCUGUGUCUAAUUAAACCGAUCAUCACGAAGGAAGAACACAAUACAAAUUGAUUGUUGUAUACAUGUUAUAUGAUGAAAGCCGCACGUGAUGUUAAAUGUUAAUAAAAGAAAAUAUUGAGAGGAUUGUAUAUUUUGAAUCUAACGAAAUGAUACUUAUAUAGUGAAAAGAAUUUACCAACAAGAAUACAAAAACAUGGAACCGAAUCAAAAUAAUCCGAUGUUUUGUGUAAUGCUGGAUAUCGGCAAUAAAAUAGGCUUUCACAAA